CAUCAAUUCAACAAUUCAAGCGCAAAAGUGAAAUGACUAGCCAAUCAACUCGAGCUCAAACCAUCAAUCUUGGAGCUGGUCCAUGUACUUUACCAACCAACGUACUCGAAACUGCGGCUCGUGGUCUUUUGGAUUAUAACGCGACUGGGAUUGGACUUGUGGAACUUUCACAUCGAUCGAAAGACUUUCAGGCCCUAAAUGCAGAGGCUCAAGACCGCCUUCGUAAGCUCUUGGAGGUACCUGAUCGGUUCGAAAUUCUCUUCAUGCAAGGUGGUGGAUUACAACAAUUUUCAUGCGUGGUACUGAACUUGGUUAAUCAAUUUCGACUUAAAAAUCGCACUGCACCAGAGGAAGUAGUAACUGCAGGCUACGUCAUCACAGGUAGCUGGAGUGCAAAAGCUGCUGAUGAAUCUGUUCGUCUUGGAUGUCCGGCUCAUACUCUUAUCGAUUCACGCAAAUAUAGCUCGGAUGGAAAGUCAUUCAAAUCAAUUCCUCAAGCUGAUCGAUGGACUUUUGAUCUCGCGCCCAACUCUGCUCAACGUGUACCAGCUUUCGUCUAUUACUGUGAUAACGAGACAGUCAAUGGAGUGGAAUUUGGGAAUCCAGGUUUUGAUGUAUCAGGUCUUCCUCCUUCUUACGACUCUGUACCACUAGUAGCCGACAUGUCUUCCAACAUACUCUCCCGUCGUAUCUCUCCCGCCCUUUGGGAUCGACUCGGCUUAGUGUUUGCAGGUGCUCAGAAAAAUAUGGGUCCAGCUGGAUUAACAACUGUCAUUGUACGAAAGGACCUGUUGGUGAACUUGGAUGAUGCUGUCCCAUUUGGUGGCUUUCGAGUUCCAGCUAUGCUCAGCUACAAAAAUUUGGCGGAUCAUCAAUCACUUUACAAUACUCCUCCGAUGUUCCCGAUCUACGUUUGUAAUUUGGUUUUUGAAGAUCUCAUGUCACGUGGCGGUGUGGAGAUGAUUGAGCGAGUUAACUCUGAGAAAGCCAGUGUAGUCUAUAAGAUCAUAGACGAAAGUCAAGGAUUCUAUAUGAACCCAAUUGAGGCGGGCGCACGAAGCCGCAUGAAUGUCAUAUUUACUUGUUCAGGUGGCACUUCAGUCGAGGAGCGGUUUAUCGCCGCGGCACACAAAGAAGGUAUCAAACAGAUCAAAGGACAUCGAUCAAUUGGAGGAAUUCGUACCUCACUUUAUAACGCAGUGACGAUGGAGCAAGUUGAAGUACUAUGUAAAUUUAUGUUGCACUUUAUGAAGACGGAAGGCAAGGAGUAAAAACUUGAUUUAAUAAUUUAAAGCCUAUGAUUUUAUUUCUCAUCCCAUGGAUGUAUUUCAUUCUUUCCACCUGCCACUCUUUGUACUUGUGCAAUUAUCACUCAUGAUGUCCAUCAAUGUGUAUGUUGUUUAUUUAAAAGAUAUGAUGAAGUUUGUUGCCUCAUUGUAAAAGUGGUUGUUUGGGGAUCUACAUUCAGGAUGCAUAUAUCUGUGAGGAUUUUAUCUU